UCAUUUAGAGUCAAAUACCAGAGCCAAGGGCCUACAUCCUGACCUGCUCUUUCUCCUCUUCCAAUGUUUCCUUAGUCAGGCCUGGGUUUGGCCCGCAAACGUACAGCUGUCUCCUCCCUCCCUAGUUCUGCUGAGGACCAGCUGUGCAGCAGAGUGAACUCCAUUCUGGACUCCAGUUCUGUAGCUGCUGUUGCAGCCUUCGCCGCUCGUGACGCUCCUUCAGUAAUCUCCAGCUUCACGAGGGGAUACACAGAGCUGAGAUCCCAAGUUGGGCUCAUCUAGAAAUUCACUUUACUGUCUCUCCAGGCGACAAUUUAUAUACACGCAGUGGCGUUCCCCGCCCACUCCCCACUGUGCCGCUACCUCUGGUUCCCAGCCCUCCCUCUCCUGCUUCUAACUCUUAAGUCAUCGCGUUGCAGUGAGCUGUCAUCUUAAAGUCUGAGAGCUGCAUCUUUCCAAUUCCUCCCUGAAGGGCGACUAUGCUCCUGUGCGGUGUCUUCCUGGCAAUGCAAGUGCUGCAGUUUGCCAGAGCUGUGGAGCUUCCUGCUGGCUCUUGUGCCUUUGAAGAAAGCACCUGUGGCUUUGACUCAAUAUUUACAUUUUUGCCAUGGAUUUUAAAUGAGGAAGGUCAUUAUAUUUAUGUGGAUUCUACCUUUGCCAAGCAGGGGGAGAAAGCAGUCCUGCUGAGUCCUGACCUGCAGGCAGAGGAGUGGAGCUGUCUUCGGCUAGUUUAUCAGAUUACCACAUCUUCACCGUUUCCAUCCAUUCCCAGCCAGCUAAAUCUCUAUAUUAGGUUGGCAGGAGAAAAUUUUGAUCAUUUGCUGUGGUCAACCAAGGACUCUUCUGAUAGCUGGCUCAUAGCCAGCCUAGAUUUGCGAAAUAGCACUAAGAAAUUCAAGAUAUUAAUAGAAGGUAUACUGGGGCAAGGAACUAUAGCCAGUAUUGCAGUCUUUGAAAUUAAGAUGAUGACUGGAUAUUGUAUUGAGUGUGACUUUGAAGAAAAUCAUCUUUGUGGUUUUUUAAAUCGUUGGAAUCCCAAUGUGAACUGGUUUGUUGGAGGAGGAAAUAUACGGAAUUCACAUUCGAUUCUUCCUCAUGAUCACACACUCAAAAGUGAACUGGGUCACUAUAUGUAUGUGGACUCUGUUUAUGUUAAGCAUUUCCAAGAAGUUGCCCAACUUAUUUCCCCAAGGACAACAACUCCCAUGUCUGGCUGCCUGUCUUUUUAUUACCAACUCCAGCAAAGAAAUGAUAAUAUUUUCACCCUUUACACCCGGGAUGCCAAUGGACUUUAUGAAGAGAUAUGGAAAAUUGACAGCUCUAUGAGUGAAACAUGGAACCUAGCUGAGGUUGACUUCAAUGCUCCAUAUCCAAUGGAGGUUAUUUUUGAAGUUGCUUUUAAUGGUCCCAAGGGAGGAUACAUUGCCCUGGAUGAUAUUUCUUUCUCUCCAGUUCAAUGCCAAAACCAGACAGGGGUUUCUUUUGAUGCUUCAGAAACAAGUUGUGAUUUUGAGGAAAAUCUAUGCAAUUUCUAUCAAGAUAAAGAUGGCCCUGGCUGGAACAGAGUAAAAGUAAAACCUAAUAUGUACCGAGCAGGAGACCACACGACAGGAUUUGGUUAUUACUUGCUGGCGAAUACAAAGUUUACAUCACAGCCAGGGUACAUUGGACGUCUCUAUGGUCCUUCCCUACCUGGAAACUUACAAUAUUGUCUACGUUUUUACUAUGCCAUAAAUGGAUUUUUUAAAAUGAGUGACACCUUAGCUGUCUAUAUCUUCGAAGAGAACCAUGUAGUCCAAGAGAAAAUCUGGUCAGUUUUGGAGUCCCCCCCGGGAGUUUGGCUUCAAGCGGAAAUCACUUUCAAGAAGCCCAUGCCUUCUAAGGUUGUUUUUAUGAGUUGGUGUAAAAGCUUUUGGGACUGUGGCCUUGUAGCGCUGGAUGAUAUAUCAGUACAUCUGGGAAACUGCCAAUUUACUGAGAUGAUUCCACCCCCACCAGGGGAGUGCACUUUUGAGCAAGAUGAAUGUACAUUUACUCAAGAAAGAAGAAACCGGAGCAGCUGGCAUCGAAGGAGAGGAGAAACACCUACAUCCUACACAGGUCCAAAAGGGGAUCACACUACUGGGGUAGGGUCUAGUAGAGUCAUUGGCUUCCUUCAAUCAAGUAUACCUUUCUAGAAGCUCUGGGACUAUCUUCGUUCUCACAGUGAUAUCAUGGGGCCAUCUCAUCGCUUCAACUCAGUUUUCUCAUCUGUAAAAUAAAAGACUAUGACUUGAUGACUUCAAGGUCCCUUCCAGCCCUAAAUUUAUUAUUCUUCUUUCCCAUGAUGUAACAAGAUAGGAUCCUGGAUAGCCAAGAGCUAGCAUUAGGAAACUAGGUAUACUGGCUCAAAAUAUAAGAUAGUGACCAGAAAGGGGAAAGGAUGGCUAAAGACAAAUAUUGCCUUUUCUUCAUUUUGACUGAGCCAGUCAUUCCUUGCCCCCUUCUAGCCAGUUACUCAUCUAUUUUAGGUUUAUCUCUUGUUUUCCCAAUUAAAUUAGAAGUUCCUUAAAACCAAGAAUUUUCUCUUUUUUUUUUUUUUUUUUGAUUACUCUUCUUAUGGAGCAGGCAUAAAACAAGAAAAGUGGAUUGUUAGACUUGGAAGCAAAGAAAAUUGAGUUCAAAUUCUACCUCAGAAACUUACUAUAGCUGGGAAAUCUUAAGCAAGUCACUUAACCUCUCCCGAUCUAUAAAAUGGGCAUAAUAUUAGCAUUAUUUACCUCACAAAGUUAUUGUAAGAGAGAAAUCAGAUAACAUGUAUAAAGUGUCUAUAAAUUCUAUAGUUCUAUAUAAAUGAUGCUAUUAUUAUUAGAUACAUGUACUGCACUUAGUAAGAUAGGGAAUUGGGCCUAGAUCUGUGAUUUCAUUGGAGUAAGGUAGUCAGAAGAGAGAAUUCACCAUGCCAAUACAGUUCAUCAGUACCUUCUCUGCAAUGUACAGUCUUUAGAGCAUUGCUUAGCCUUGAUUAGUUAAGAACACAGUUACAUUACUUAAGUUACACAGUUAAAUAUGUAUCAGAGGAUUUAUCUUGAAGUCAUAUCAGAGGAUUUGUCUUGAGGCCUUGACUCAAGAUUUUCCUGAUUCGGAGUCAAGCUUUCUACCACUUACUCUUUACUGUGUAUAUACACAUUGGAGAUAUAAUAAAUACUUGCUGAAUGAACAGAGGGUCAAUUCUUUUUUCCUCCUUGAAUCAUUAGACAAUUAGAAAGCAAACAUUCAAAUAUUCUUGGCUACCAAUGAGUCUUCUAGUUUCUCCGCUGCCAAAAUACAAAUUACAUGAAAGUCUAAUAAAAAGCAUGUAGAGCUUAUCAAAUUAUUUCAGUUUUAUUCACUAAUUUACAUUGGGUCUGGAGUCCCUGAGCACAUGCAAAUUUGUUAAUGAAAAAAAUGAAUAAAUUUUUCAUUAUGUUUUGUAUUGUAGAGAUCAAUAGUUUUGUUUGUGUGUGUCCUGAGAGGAAUAAUUCAAAAAAUCUCCUUAUCUUUUGGCACACUCAGAAAGAAAGUUUUGGUAGGCAGUGGUAGAUAAAAAGCCACAGUGGAAAAUAUAAUACAAAAACUUUUGGCAAACCUAAUAACUACUCAGAUUACAGCACUGUUCCACUAGAAGAAAUUUUCUAAUGGUGCAAAACAUGGAAAAAUCCCAAUUUUUCAGCAAGUUGUUUUCACAGUCUACCUUUUUAUUUGACCAAUUAAACUUUAAAAUAACAAUAACAUGUUCUUAAAACUCCUUGAAUUGUGUGCCAACUAAGUACUUUAGUAUUUGAGUUACCUGUGAUUUCGUCAAUGUGGGCAUUCUCUCUACAUUUCAUAAUAGACAACUUUCAUAUGACCAGGAAAAAAAAAAAAAAAAAAAAAACUUAUUACCUGAGGGACAAACUUCUGAUAAUGAGUCUAACUCAGUUGAGUUUAUCCUCAGCUCACAAAGUGAAUGGGAUCACAAAUCUAGAAAUAAAAGUAUAUAAGACAAUUUGCUUAAUUUACAGAGGAGAAAACUGAGGGCUAGAGACAUGAGGUAAUUUGACCAAGGAUUCACAGAUAGUAAACACCAGAGCCAGGAUUACAACCCAUAGAGGCAAGGCUCUACCUUUAGAGCCAAGGCUCUCCAUUUUAACACAUUGCUUCACAAUUGGUCCCUGAGCCAGUUUUCCACUUUUUAAAAUAUUUUGAUAACAAUUGAACCCAAGAUCACUUUCAGCCCAGGAUAAGGCAUUAAAGGAAGAUUUUAGUGAAGUGCCAACUCAAGAAAAUGGCUUUAAGUUUAGUACCCACUGUGCUUCAUUGGACUAGAUACUAUCUUUAUUGACAAACCUGAUGAAGAAUAUUUUCACCAUAUGCAUACUCUAACACUUCAAUACCAGAAGCAAGGACUGAAUUGUUUAUUUGAAAAUGGAAAAUUCAAGUGAAUGAUAUUUGUCCCUAGCAAUAUAUUUAGCAGAGAACAAUGAUAUUGUCAAUUUCAAUGAAAUUGUUAUUGUUUGUGAAUUUGUGUUAAUUUGGGAGCCCAAUCAAAAUAUCAGAAAAGAUCCUUACUUUUAUUAAUCACAUUCCCUACUGAUGACCUAGUACCCUGCCACCACUACGACCAAUACCAACUUCUUGAAUAGUAUUAGUAGUACAGAUACAGAUCCUGGAAAAGAAUGUGAAAGAAUUCAUAUAUUCAACAAAACAGUUAAUUAAUAUCUCUUUACAUGUACUAAUAAUAACUCAUAUUCAUAUACUAUUAUCCUAUGAAGAAAUAUUAGAGUACAAAUAUUGUUAUUACCAUUUUAUGGAAGCUGGGGAGAGAUGAAAUCCCAGGUAAUACUUACAAAUUAGGAUCCUCAUUUUACAGAUGAGGAAAUUGGGACUCAAAGUGGUUAAACAAUCUGCUCAGGAUCAUGUGGCUUGUAACUGCAAGACCAGAGACACUAUAAAUAUCUGCCAUUAUAUCAUGCUACCUUUCUUUUCAUUUAAAGCCUGAAGCUUACAAAUUCGAAAUAUAAAACUAAUAAAAUCUACCUAAUCCAGGUAAUCUCAAAGUCUUGCUUUGCAUAUCAUCAAACUAUUGCCACAGGUUCUUUCUUUCACUUUCUCCCUCUUCUCAAUUUCCUGGGAUUUAGGGAAGAAAGUGUAACUAUCAGUAGGUACUCCCAUUCCCUAUUUUGUGGAGGGACUUAAUUGUAAGUACACAUAAGAUCAAAACUUUACAGCUAGAAGGAACCAUUUAUGUCAUCUAUUGGACUCCCCCAAUUUACAAAUGAGGAA